CACGAUCAUUCUCUUUAUGAUACAUGGCGAUACGGGAACUUUCAUUUCGUAUUCAUUUCCGCUCUUUGUUUUGCCUCCGUGCCCAGAGGCGCCGUGUUGUCUGCAACAAGCGCUGCGCAGCUGCAAAACCGGAGUUCCACUGGGUCUACCACCGCAGGCCCGGCGCGCUGUCAGCUAUUGUGCACUUCCGAUACACACAGUGUGCGGACCGAACAACUGAACGAGGGCAUCGCCGACGGCGCGGCGGCGGCGGCUUGGUCGCCAUGGCGACCUGACGCCGUUUGACGUCAUUCGCGCGGCUUUCAAGGUCUCAGCGGGGAGCGCCAGAUCUCGCCCCGGCCGGUCGACUCCCCGCACUUUUGCUUGGCUUCGGGACCGUCGCCCAUUCGGUCCGGCUCCCGGCUCGUCUCCGCAAGCCGGGUUGCGGAGCACCGGAGGCUGCCCCCAACGUUCCGCAAUGUUGAGAUGGGGACCCGUCACGGACACCGUCGCUGGACUGACAUUGCUGCAGCUGCAACGGUCGCAGCGCUUCUCCGAGCGAGCCGUGACCAUCACGUGUGUUUGGCGGAUCGUCGGCACGACAGCGUGACGUAAGGAGGCGGCCGUCCUCCUCCUCCUCGCCCGGCGGCUUCCGCUCUCCCCUCGCCUAGCCUCGGCCGCAGCAGGCAGAUGUGUUGGAUGCGUCUGCUAGCGCAGAGACGGCCGAGAUCGUGGAGGCAGCGCGGUGGUGGCUCGACCGCUCGUCGACCGGGACUAUGGGUGACCCACUGAAAGUGUGCCGCGAACAUCGGGUCGACCAGUGUGCACGUCCAGCGUCGUGUCGCGACAUAGCGAGGUGCUUUGAAUGGGGAAGCUCGUUCAGCGCCCGGCUACGAGAGUAAGUGUGUGGCGCAUGCGUGCGGCGCGCCACAACAUGGCGGCUGACAGGGUAAGGGCGUCGGGUUGUGCGGGGCUGGUUCGAGUCGGAUUUUACGAACUGGAAAAGACGAUCGGCAAAGGAAACUUCGCAGUGGUACGACUAGCCAACCAUGUCAUCACCAAAACGAAGGUAGCCAUAAAGAUUAUAGACAAGACACACCUAGACGAGGAGAACCUAAAGAAGAUAUUCAGAGAAGUUCAGAUCAUGAAACUUUUACAUCAUCCCCAUAUCAUUAGGCUAUAUCAGGUAAUGGAAACGGAGAAAAUGAUCUAUUUAGUCACAGAAUAUGCAGACAAAGGUGAAAUAUUUGACUACUUGGUGGCCACUGGUCCAAUGCCAGAGGACAUGGCCCGGCGGAAGUUCAAACAAAUAGUGAGUGCUGUCCAUUACUGCCACAAGAGGCAUGUGGUACACAGAGACCUGAAAGCUGAGAACCUUCUGCUUGACAGUGAGAUGAACAUCAAGAUAGCAGACUUUGGCUUCAGCAAUCACUUUGAACCCGGUAAGAAGCUGUCAACAUGGUGUGGCAGUCCCCCCUAUGCAGCCCCUGAGCUUUUUGAGGGAAAACAAUAUGAUGGGCCCAAGGCGGACAUUUGGAGUAUGGGAGUAGUCCUGUAUGUUCUUGUGUGUGGUGCCCUUCCCUUCGAUGGCAAAACAUUGCAAAGUCUACGGACGAGCGUUCUCUCAGGAAAAUUUAGGGUACCUUACUUCAUGACAACAGAAUGUGAGCAGCUGAUCCGACAGAUGUUGGUGGUAGACCCCGACAAGCGCUGGUCCAUUCGGCAGGUGGUGCAGCAUCGGUGGAUGCGAAUGGGCACACCGUACCCCGAAUUUGAUCGUCUCAUGGAGAUGCCAGCAGCCACGCCCACCGUCCACGAGAAGCUCGACCCCAUAGUGUUGCAGCACUUGCUUCAGUUGCCAAAUGUCACACAGGAGCAGAUUGAACAGUCUGUGCUGGAGAAGAGGUUCGACCACUACAGUGCGAUCUACCACCUACUUUAUGACAAGCUGCAGAACCAGCAGAAGCUCGCUCUCUUGCCUCAGAACCUCCCACUAACUGCGCAACCACAAAGGAAGUCCAGCAUCACUACAGGCAUUGUGGAAAAGAACCCGCAGCCAGUUGAGUCUGACACGGAGCCACAGCAGCAGCAGCCACAACCAAACCUGGUCCCGAGCCCUGUGCUGACCGUCAGCCCCAUGCCGGAACUGCAGCCCAUGUUGAGUGGCGAUCAGUCACUAGAGAAGUUCGGGGAAAUUGAACUGGAGUCCGACAGCGAGGAGCUCUGGCCCGACCAGCAGGUGCAGCCAGCGGUGUUCCGGCGGCACACUGUGGGGCCCGGGGAUCCCGCUGAGGGGGAGUGCCCCCCUCCUCCCCCCAUGGGGGCCCUGCCCGUCAGUGCUCUGCCCCACACAAACUUGCCCCAGAACCUGCCCCGUGUCCAGCACCACCCGCCACACAACUUCUCCGUCAAGGACCAGCACCUGCUCAAGCCACCACCCGCCAUGGGAGCAUUUGUGGGCUUUGGCCGGCGUGCCUCAGAUGGUGGUGCCAACAUCCAAAUGUUCUUCCAACGUCAUUUGUGUCAAGGCCAGUACAGCCACCCAUCGAGCAAGGAGCUGCUCUCACCUAAAUUGUCUUCUGUGAGUCCAGCCGUACCACAGUCUCUUCAUCCAAUUUCUGCACUUGGUGACGAAGGCAAGGAGCUGGAAGAGCAGAUGGACAGCAAUGCCAUCUCAAGGUAUCUGCAGGCACGUGGCCACGGCAAGAGGCAUACGGUUGCCAUGGGCAAUGCGGAAGAGGUGCAGGAUGCUCAGUGGAAGCCCCGGCAACGGAGGUCUGGUCUGUUGACCGUCAUGGAAAAGCAGCCAGUGCCAAGGAGAGCAAGUGAUGGCUGCCCCUCGGUGAGCCCCCACCGGACGCAGCUUGAGAGGAUCUACAAUCAAACCGUUGCAGAAAACAAGUGCAUAAUCAAGGCCCUUCAGCAGGAGUGUCAGCAGCUGCAGAGGCAUUGCUGUCCCAUGGAUGCCCAGCAGCAAGCCGAAAUACAACGGCGGCAUUCCCUGCAUGUCCAGCAGAUGGCACAUCUGCAGCCGUCCCUGAUGGCUUCGUCAGUUUCAUCACCGCCUUCCAUUGCCGGAUCGCCCAUACACCAGAGUCCUUCGCACGGGGCGGGGCCGCCGAGCCCUGCGGCCACGCUCUCACAGCACUUGCAGCGGCUUCACCUGCAGCGUCAGGGCAGCCCUGUUGGCUUCUGCCCUGACCCAUUUGCCCCCGACCCGCUGGGUCCCGGCGGGUCGCCACCCUUGGACACCGGGGGCACGUCCCCAGGUGCAUCGCCCCCAUACCCGUGCGGCAGUGCAUCACCACAGGGUGCACCCGGGGCCUCACCACCCCCUUUCUCAGACGCGGCCCACCCCCGACUGCAGAGCCUUGUGGCUCAGCAGCUGGCGCGAAACAGCCCGCCGCCGGUGUUUCCCAAUCUGGGCAUGAUCCGCGAGGACGCCACCGAGAACGGCGGCAUCGGCCCGCUCCGGGUGCCCUGCCUGCAGCCCGAGAUUGUGGUCAGCCCUGCCAUGUUCGAGCCCUUCCCGGGCGGCAGCCGAGGCUUCCCACCGCACAUCAGCGUGACAGACGAGCUGGGCAAGGAGGUUCUGACGUCAUCCUCGUCGUCCACCACAUCUCCCUCGUCGUGCUCGUCCGCGACAGCCUACUCGGAGGCCUCACUGCUGCCUCUCGACCUGGCCUACUCACCUGUGCGUUGGCAGGCAACACCCCUGGAUGAAGUACCCACGUCUGCCUGGGCACUCCCGCCAUCACCGCUGCAUGCGUGCUGUGGCGAAGCCCCUCUGCAGAAAAGCCCUAGUGGUUCUUUGUGCCUCUUGCUUGGUCGAGGCAUCUCACCCUGUCGGGGCACGGGCGGCGACCUGCUGCUAGACAUACAGCGGCGCUUGGACGCACAUGCGCCCGAGCUGCCACUUGUUCUACAACCAUCGGAGCGUGGAUUGGCACUCAAGCACCCAGCAGCCGGUGUUCAGAUCGAGCUGGAACUCUGUGACGGGCCGCACCCCGACGAGUGCGGUCUGAAGAUGCGCCGCAUUUCAGGCGACAGUCUUCAGUACAGCGAGCUGUGCCAGCGGCUCGUGGCGUGCAUGAACAUGUGAUCUCGGGACAGCCCACCGCCGAUGUAGCGGCGCUGCCAGUGCCUCUGUGCGUGUCUGUGCUUGUCCGUGCCUGCCCUCCGACCCAGCGACUACCCAUGGCUGCAUCAGCACUGAACUGUUGAAGCUGGGUGCUGGCCAUCUGGCUGACCACACGGGUCUGCCAUUUGUCGCAUCCUCUGUGGCCAACCUUUUUUUCCAUGGCCACCCUUUGGGAUCACCGUUUCAGUCAGAAGGGCUCCUUUUUGAGAGUACUGAACCAGCCUAUCGAAAUGGCCCCUUACCUGAAGAUUGCAAUGUGAUGUCAGAAGGAUGCCGAAUAACCUUUCCUGUGUUUUCAUGGUGUAUGUGUGUGCUCAGGGGUCCGUGUGUGUGUGUGAAUGUGAACUCAAAAGGAAGCCCAUUAGUGGUGUUAAGUUCAGUCUUUUGUUUUAGUGUCAAUUCAAACGUCUUGCAAGUGGGACAAAAACCAUGUUUGUCGUACAUUUUUAUUUCUUGUGCUAAGGUAACAAAGCAGUAGGUUAUAAUGUAAAAGAUGGCCAUGAGGUUAGUGUGGGAAUGACUAUGUGGUAUUUAACAUCUUUCUUUUGUUUUAUUUGAAAACUUUUAUCUCUAGGCAGUAUAGCCUCUUUUUUUCUUUGUGAUACUGUACAAGGCAGUGUGGGAAAGCCCACCAGCACAGGAAAUGCAGUGAAGAAAGCAUGUAAAUGUUUGGUACGAGUCACACUAGCGAGGGCGUAUGCAAUACAACAACCCUCACUGUUUGGCAAGGUAAAGGUCGUAAAUAUGUAGCAAAUAGGUUGGCGAUAUGAGUAAGUGAAAGCUACGCUACGAUCAUUUAUUAACUUUCUUGCAUUAAUGAAGUGAAGUUGACAGUCAUGAAGAAUAGGACUGGGAGGGCGCAUUCUAGAACUGUAAUAGAUGACUGCGUUUAGAUUUUUGUGUUUGCAUUGUUUUCAGCAACCUUUAGCAGCCAUAAUUUACUAUCGCAGCUCUAACAAAGGAAUUCUUAAUGGCUCUCUAAAAUCUGGUGGCUUGGUUCUGCUUUGUCAAUGCUCCUGCGUGAGCUUUUCCUAUUUGUGCCUUGUAACUAAGUCUUAUGGCCAAACCAUUCUGCAAGAUUGCCACCUGGUAUGGAACUUGUAAUGCGAGCGUGCGGUUUGCAUAUGGUUAUCAAAGGAAACCUGCUAAUUUGGCACUUAAUUGUGGAUGAGCAGAUUUGCUUUGAAAAUUUUGAAAUAAUUCCUAUCGUGAACACAGGCGAGUUCCAAAUACCAUAAAGUGAUCCCUUGAAGGUGGUUAUCAAAUAUAACUCUGUGUUUGAUUGACCUAUGUAUGUGAAAAUUCAUUGUGCACCGCUUUAAUGGCUAGGUUGUCAUUGUAAGAUGUGUCGUUAUAUGUUUUUGUAUCCAGAAGAGUAUGUCUUGGGAGUUAAUAAGGAUGUUUCAAUGACCCUAUCUCAGUGGAUAGUUUGCUUGGUAAUCUGCAUCAAGAGUUACUUAUUUUCCAAACUCAGUUUUAUGAGUGGUAUAUAUAUGUGUGAUCAUUACUAAGGGGGAAGACUGUAUCUUGAUAAUCUGCAUGAGAUGAGUUUUGAGUUCAUACAUCAUAAUAAAAAAAUUGAGGUUGAGUAACAAAUGCAAGAACAAUGAUAGGACAAGUGCAUGAACUCUCUAAACAUUUUAUUUGCAAAAUGAUGCAUUCAACAUAUGGCUAAAAAAGCUCAUGUGUGCGAAGCAGGAUGAAAGGCAAGGAAAUUGAUGACUAUAUCUACACCCCCUUGCCCCCAAGGAUGUACGGUAAACAAUCCAUAAUAGGCCCAGUGACAACAGUGACGUCCACUGGACAUCCAAUGCCAGGACAUGGCUAUCCUAGGGGUGUGUCGAAUAUGUCCUGCGAACGUCAGUGUCAUAUUCAGUGUCAUAUUUGCGGGAUAUUAUAAAUGUUGAAGUUUGCAGGUUGGCAGGUAUGUAGAUAUAAAGUUGCAUUACAGAAUGUGCUAAGAACUUGAUGUCUAUGUGCAUCCAGGUGCAACAUUAAACUUCUAAGUUCACACACAUAUGUUGGAUAUGUUGUCUCUAUGCCCACAAAAUAAACCUAGGGCUUGCCUUCGUGUUCACAGCUUUCAAGGGAAGAGAAAAGAGUUUGAUUACCGUCUUCCAUCAGUAGCAUUGAAUCAUGAUGUUUAAUAGCUGCCCUCCGUUAAAGUUAUGUUAAGCCUUGUGUUCUAGGCAAGUCGUAACAUGCAAAUUCUGUAGCUUUGGAUGACCUGCUUCCCUGCAAUAUGUGACAUAUGCUGUUUCUGAGUGCUUAAUUAAGUAAACUCAUAAAAAGCCAGCACUGCAGAAUGAUGCAGCAACAUAACGAUGCUGAGAGUUCUAUUACAUGUUUGCAGGGUUGUGUGCAAAAAAAAAGAUAAAGUUAACACAACAUUCCAAAAUUCUUUUCAAUGUUGAUUGAACAUCUGUAGACUUGUCUAUGGACAGGUAAAAUAAACAGAAAAAGGUUUAAAAGCACUGUGUGUGGAGCUUGUGACCAUAUCCUACCGAUAAGUUGAGCUAGCGAUAGCAUCACUGUGUAAUGAGUAGCUUAGAAAGACUGGAUAAAAGAUAACAUUAUUUAGCAUCUUCUUCUAGCAGUAGUCAUCCUUGCCUGAUGCGUUUUGGGUUACAUUUGUUGCCAUGACAACCACAACAGGCAUAGAAACACGGUACCACAGCAAAACCUUAUGAGAAAUUAAGCUUACUUUGUUGAAAUGCAGGGAUCUGUGUUUAUCACUAAAUCAGCAAUAGUGCUUACUGCUAAGUGGAUGCCAUUGUGUCAUUUUUGUCAUUGGAUAUGCCCAAGGGUGCUUCGUCCUGUGACGAAACAGGUCGCCACCUAGGAGUGGCAUAUCUGGAAGGGUGCAGUGAUUCUCAGAACCGUACUUAAAAAAUUCGUUACCUAAUUUAGUGCCAAAGUGGGCACAAUGAUUUCACCUUACCUAGGGUGGCAAAAUACAUUGAAGCACUGCUGAGUCUGUUUCCUUUGCUAUUGCCAUUCCGAACAUGAAUGCUCUUGCCUAUUUGUUGUAUGUAUUUAUCCAAAGAUAAACUUGUUGAGAGCAUGCAUUUGUCCUGCUGCCUUUCGUGUACUUGUCCUGUUAGCUACUCUAAAUUUAUGUGAUGUGUGCGCCAGCUAGCCGAACAACUGUUAUGCAGGUUUGACAGGGAGCACUUGAGUUUGUGUAGUAUUUGUGCAAGUGUUUUGUUAUGUGGCACCAUUUCAGCUGUGAAAGUACAUAUAUGCUUAGUAACGUUUAAUUUCUCAAUGUUGCCUAGUUGUGCACAAAGCAACUGUGAAUAAGCGGGGAUUUAAGCUGUAUGCAUACACUGUGAUCUGCUCUGCAGCACUCGUUAUCGAUAUUCUGUGGUAUUCUGUCCUUAGAAAUGUGCAGUACUAGGAAUACCCGAUUCGGACUGUAAGCCAACUGUUUUUUUUUUUUUUCCCCUACUUUUUACCUCAACCAACAUGUGCAGAAUUAGCAUGAAAUCAUUGAAUAGAGUUUGUGAAGGAAACCACAUUGCAGAAUGUCUUUUCUAGAUUCCUGCGGGUACAGUCGAACCUUGUUAUAAAAAAGCCGCAUCCAACAUGAAAAUAUUUUUAUUGCAUAUCCGUUAUUCGUUGUAUGCAUAUAUUUGUUACACACUGAUAUCAGCAACACAAAUUUUAGAUUUACUUCGUUAUAUUCUAUAAUUCGUUAUACCCAAGUUGGUUAUACCGAGCUUUGUCUGUAUUAUUUUCUACCCAAGAGACAGCGUGCAACUAUCUUAUAGUCACUGUGUGUUGCCUGCGCAUAAGCUGUCAGUUUGUUGCUAUGUUCGUUUCGGCUGUACAUGGUGUCGAUGCAAAUCAUUCCCGACCUCCCUGCUGCUCUUGUUGUGUAAAUAGGAGAAGACGAAGAAAAAUGGAAUGCUGCAUAGUCUCAUGGUUUGUAUAAAAAGGGAAGACAUUGCAAGUACGCAGGAAGUUUGUGUACAGUUGCUACUACCUGAUGUCGUUUUCUAGACGUACCACGCCUUUUGACCAAUCUUUCCUGUAGAGUGGCCGACCUGUGUUGUUGGCCAUCAUGUAUCUACUGACAAGAAACCAAGACUUUUUUUUUUUUUUUAAUGCUGCAGGUAAUUGUCCAGCCAAAAUAAUGUGAAAAUUGGAAUCUUCAUUCCCUCUGUGUUUAAUUAACUCGCAUGCGUUGCAGACUUGCAGCCAAUACAGGCUUGAGUUUACAGGGGACUUAAGCUCAACACAUGGUGACAGGCAAUUUGAGGGUUGUUUACACAGCAGCUCUGCGCCAGAGUUUUAACCAUGCAAUUUCUGUACAGCAUUGAAAAUAGUUUAGGUAGUUACCAUGGCUCCAUCUGUUUGCAUGUAAAAGAUUUGAGUUUGCCACCAGCUGCAUUGUCGGGAGUUUUGUUCAUGUUCGAAUAAAAAAAUCUGCUUGGAUAAGUACUCCACCUUGGCCCAAUGCCAGUGGGGAUAGGGACUUCAAAGUCAUUGCAAUAAUGGGUGCCAUUAAAAGGAUCCAAUAAAAUAUUUAUUGAUAAA